AUGGCUGCAAGUGACGUGAAAGAACCCCCACUAGAUUUUAAAGAGGAGGUGGAUAUGGAAGACUAUUGGAAGUCCGUGGAAAGAGAAAUUCUUGGUAGAGGCUUUGUGAAAUGCAACUGUGAUAGUCCUUUUGUCAUUUUGCGAAGUUACCAUCAGUGGGCACCCUGGAUAGGACCCCAAACCAGAGCAAGUCACAUUGUUGCUAACACAGAGUAUGCUAAAGUACAUGUGUCAAAUAAGUCCCAAGAUGAAGGUGGCUGGGCAGUGAUCAUAUGUCCAUGUGGAGUAGUCUAUUCUGUUAAAUUCAACAUCAGGGCAGAAAGUCCAAGAGACUAUGCUGAUAUGUUGCUGUCCUGGAUGCAUAUUCCAAAUGUGGUUGUUUAUGACUUUGCCAGGGGUUUGGUAAACCACUGCAAGUUGCGGGAGCCAGAGAAACCUUUAUUUAAUCCAAAUGAAGGACGACUAGCAGAGGCAACCUGUGACAACAUUGAAAUGACAGUUAAAGAAAACUUAAAAAUAAAUUUGCCUUGGCUCAAUGCUAAAAAAGUCACACCUGAUUCAAAUGGUCAUCCUGUCACAGGAUCUGCUGAGCACUAUGCUCUGUAUGAUACAUUCCACCAAUACAACACAAAGGACGAGAAGAAUGUGCUGAGAAGAAUUUCAUUGGUUCCAGAAUUGCAAGGGUGGAUAAAUUCUCAGAGGGCAGAGCAGCUUUUUGCAGAGAUGCGGAAAAACAAUUAUUUUCUGAAUAUGCUCUCUCCGUCUGCUCAUGUGUUCCUGAUGAGAUCCAUUAUACAUCAACACAAUCAGAAGGCACUGGCUGAGCUGAGAAAGAUUUGUCCAGGGAGUAAAAUUACCUUCGAUUCUACUGGAAAGGCAGUUCUAGCUCUGCAAGCAGCUUCUUUAGCUCCUUCUCCUCCACCUCCAUCAGCUGUUCAUCAAGCAAUCACAUCCCCAGUGCAUUCAGUCAAUGUGGAAUUCAUUGUGAAGUUCUCACAAGUCUGCAGAAUGUGAAAGCAAACAGAAUAUCUUGGGGAUUUAUGUUACACCCCAUGCAGGAGAAAAUGAUCAGGUUUGUAAUGGAUACCAAACUGUCACAGACUGAGAGACUUUUGGAAGUGGGAGGAGUCUGGUUGACAAGAUCAGAUUUUAAGACAAUUGGACCAGAAUCUUGGAUGGAAUCCACUAUUGAUAAUGCAUGCUUACACUUCUGCAGUGGGUUGGCACCCUGCCCGGGAUUGGUUCCUGCCUUGUGCCCUGUGUUGGCUGGGAUUGGCUCCAGCAGACCCCCGUGACCCUGUGUUCGGAUUCAGCGGGUUGGACAAUGGAUGGAUGGAUGGAUGCUUACACUUGGUGCAACAAAUUUCGAGUCUAAAGGCCAAUUCUCACAUGAAGGAUGCACUAGUAAUACCAAUUUGGACUCCUUCAAGACAUUACAGACUAUAGUUUUAAUUUCUAUUUAAGCUUUAUGAUGACCAUUUACAGAUUUUUUUUCCAUAAAUAUUACAGCAACACAAAAUUCUUCAGCAUCUUCUGGAGGCGGAGAAGUGGUGUACUGAGAAUAAUUCUGUCUUCAAAGGGCAAGUCUCACUCCCUUCAUUACUCUCAAUGGAGAAGGACGACAUAGAGGAGGCCCUUCAAAAAUUUGAUUUGUUAACUGAAUUUCCAGAAGAAGAGGAGGGGGAAUAUGUCCUUGAACCAUUUACCUUCCUUUUUUCAGAUAUGGAAGAUAUGCAUCUGUUUUUAGAUAAUAUGAGAGGAAAAAGAAAAAUUACUGUGUUUUGUAAGAAAAUGUAACAUGAACGUACAUGUCCCUCAUUGUUCUAUUACCUAUAAUUCUAGUUCUUUUUUUAUAUUUUAACUUUUUGCUAAUAAAUGUUGCAAACCAGCUUCAUUUUUAAA